AUGUAUGUGGUUUGCCUACUUAGCAUGUUCAUGGCAAAACCAACAAGGCUUCACAUGGUAGCAGCAAAAAGGGUACUAAGGUACCUCAAAGGGACUCUCGGAUAUGGAAUAAGGUAUAAGGCUGGUGCACAGAAUGAUCGCUUACUUAGUUAUACAGAUAGCGAUUAUGCAGGGGACAUCAAUGACAGGAGAAGCACGAGUGGAUAUGUUUUUUUCUUGGCUGGUGGACCUGUGUCGUGGGCUUCCAAGAAGCAGCCUGUGAUGACUUUGUCAACCACAGAAGCAGAAUUUGUGGCUGCUGCUUACAGUGCUGCACAAUGCAUUUGGAUGAAAAGGAUACUAAAGGAGAUGGGAUGGCUGGAAACUACAGGAGGAGGGACAAGGAUUCUGUGCGAUAAUAGCUCUACGAUCAAACUAUCAAAGAAUCCAGUUCUACAUGGUCGUAGCAAACAUAUUGAUGUUCGUUUCCAUUUCCUUAGAGAUUUGGUCAAGGAAGAAGUCAUCAAACUGGAGCAUUAUGGCACAACUGAUCAGGUUGCUGAUAUCAUGACAAAGGCUGUAAAGAUAGAAACUUUUGAGAAGCUAAGGGGAGAGCUGGGAAUGUGUACUGUUGCUGAACUUCAGGGAGAAACAGAUGCUGCUGCAGGAAUGAGCAUUUCUUGCCUUAAACUCAACCUCAGGCGGUUUGAGUUUAGGGGAGGAUAUGUUGGGUCGAGAAUACAAGGUCAGAGUAUUUGGGCUGGGUCUCGUGUCUUGGGAGUUGGGUCAAUAAAGAGUCCAGUUAGUAGUCAGUAG